AUGCUCGGGGCAGGAGCCCCACCCGCAGCUGCCGCUGCCCCGGCCGGGGCUGGCGUUGCGGCUGCAGCACCACCGCCGGCACCAGCAGCCGCAGCUGCCCCGGCAGGGGCUGGGGGCGCUGCUCCGCCCCAGCCACCAGCGGCCGCAGCCGGUCCCAUGAUGCUGCCGGCGGCAGCUGGCCCUGCACCGGCUGCUGUCGCAGCCGCACCACCCAUGGACCCGGCGCAGCAGCAGGCAAACAUGCUCGCGUUCCUGCAGUUCUGCGCGGCCGUCGUAGCCCAGCAGCAGGCCGCAGGCGCACCUGCGGCAGCGGGUCAACCCGCGGCGCAGCCUGCCGGCGCGCCGCCGGUGGGGCAACCCGCCCCCGCUCCGCCGAUCGCACCGUCUGCAGUACCCGCCGUCGCGGCACCCGGUCCAGUACCCAUGGCGGUGGACGCCAUUCCCGGUGGAGCGGCUGGAGCACCCGUCGACCCACCGCUCCUUGCUCAUGCACUUGGCGCGGAGCGCCAGCAGCUGCUCGAGAACGCAUCCGGGCGGAAUGCCGUAAAGUCUAACGCAGCUAUCCCCGUUCCUGCCAACCAGGAGCCAGAGGCUCCACCCAUGAACUACGCCGCUGCGGUUGGACGCGGUCGGGGCGGGGGGCACUCCUCCGACCAGUGCUGCUCCGAGUUACACCACCAGCACCUCUGCUCCUUCCGGCGACGCUUCAGCAUCGCUUUUGUGAUUUGCAUCCCACCCGGGCCUAGCCUAUCCGCGUACUCGUCGUCAUCGACGGGGCGGCCCCGCUUUCCCACGCGCUGCCAUCCGGCAAUCAUGAUAGGGAUGAGCGGGAGCCAAAGGAAACAUUUAAAAGCAUGA